GGCGGCGGAGCUGGUUAUAGCCGAUGCCUAAACAACUGCGAGCAUCAACCUCAAGCCUCACAACCACAGCCAUUGUCAACUCCCAUUUUUUGACCAACGAAACAAUGACUGCUUCCAAGGGACCAUUGAAUUAAUUCCAAUCAUCCUUAGAUUUCAUAUUUAUCAUCUUUACAUACCUUCCUCUUCCCUUUCUUUCGUCGCUCACGUCGUCGCUCGUCGCUUGUUCCCCUCUUCUGAGCUUGGCAGAAUGUCAGCCGAUUAUGUUUCGACCGCAAGGGCGCUUGCAUUUCCAGUCUCUCCUCCAUCGCCUUCUCGAUCACCAUCAUUGCUGGAUCAGCCCCGAGGAUCAUGGGUUCGCUCACGUUCUCGGUCUUCGCAUCGCACCAGUCCCUCCUCGCCCACACCGCCAAACUUGAAGAGCCGGAUGCGCCGUAAUGCUGAGUUGGUCCACCGGCGUCUUUCGAAAGCCAUUCGACGCUUGACUCCGGUCCAGAGAUUCUUCGCUGUUUUGGCCGGUAUUGUGGCAUUAGUAUUGGGUAUACUGAUUCUAAUCUACAAUGAGCGAAUAUUUGGCUGGCUUGCUCCCAUGGCUCAUAAGUGGCGUACCAUUCCAGCUGGUUGGCUGAUCGUCUGGUUCAUGGCUUUUGUGACUGCAUUUCCACCACUCAUUGGUCACUCGCUCUCAGUGACCAUUGCGGGCUUUGUCUACGGAUUUCCCAAUGGUUGGUUCAUUGGAGCCUCGGCCACCAUCAUCGGCUCUACAUGUGCCUUCCUAGCAUCUCGGACUUUGCUCUCCGGCUUUGUGCAUCGGCUAGUUGCUCAUGACAAGCGCUUCGCUGCACUUUCGUUGACCCUCAAGCACGACGGAUUGAAAUUGCUUUGCAUGAUCCGGCUGUGCCCUCUGCCCUACGCCAUUUCCAAUGGAGCAAUUGCUACCUUUCCCACUGUUCACCCACUCAAGUUCGCCUUGGCCACCGCUUUGGCGUCGCCCAAGCUCAUGAUUCACGUGUUCAUUGGCACACGGCUGGCGGAUUUGGCUGAAAGUGGAGGGAAGAUGGAUUUGGGAACAAAGGCAAUUAAUUACGCCAGCAUUGCGGGCGGUCUGGUCCUUGGCGCCGUUACAGGCUGGUUAAUCUAUCAGAGGACGGUUGCCCGUGCAAAACAGCUCGAAGCUGAGGAAGCAGCAAAUGUCCAGCGUGCUGCUGACGAGGAUGGUUUGCAAACGUAUUCGGAUGAUCCGGAAGAACGAUUUGCAGCUGAGGCCUUGCGCCGAGGCGACGAGAUUAGUCUGGCAACACAAGAUCAUGAUGCUGAUCAUUAUCGUGACGAAGAAGAAGAUGACAACGACGACGACAACGACGACGAUGUUUUUCGUCAUGGGGACGGGAGUGAUGACGAAGAGCACAGAGUCGGAAUGGGAAAUCUUGAUCGAUCGAAUAGUCCCGGGACGAAUGGUCAAAUACGUCUAUAAGCUUUGGCCUAGAAAAUUAGUGAUUGUAGCAUAAAGUAUAUACCGUUCACAUGGCGUUGGCGGGAGCGGAGCGGUGAUUUUCUUUGGGCGCAAUCAAACAUAGACUGGACGGCAUGUGCGCUUUUGGAUUGGGUUAUUUAUACGAGGAUAUACGGUUUAUGGUAGAAUUACUAUUGAUGGAUGUACAUUUGACUUGAAUCUCUUUCACUGGCUCUAUCAAUUUGACUGUUUACUGUGGAUGAUUAUGAUGAUGGUGACGAUGAUCAAUCUCGGAAACGGUGGGUCUCUUUGAUCGUGGGGUAUAAGUUAGCUUGCGGAAGGGCCAAGUAUUUAGAAUGUAUCAGUACUACAUUAGACUUGUUCAGCGCUGACAUAUAAAAGUACCUAGUUCCCUUCUGUACUUGUUGCUCGCAUUGCCGGAUGACGAGGG